AUGACGCUCAGUAUCUCCAUUGAUCCAAACCCCCAUGGUUCGGAUCGCUCUUACUCCGACGACGAGGACUCGUCUGGUGUUCAUGUCCCCACAUCUUCUGAAUUAGAAAGUCAUGAGUACCAGGAUUAUGAUGAGUGGGCACAUUUGCCAUAUCCAGAUGAAUUGAAACCAUCUGAUUCAGCCUCCCGACCAAGAACUUCGCACCGCAGUCGUCCGCCCCACGGUUCACGCUCCGCUUCGGGCCGUCGCCCAACAUCGCGACGGAUGGUUCCAGAACAUCAGUCGUUCGCCCCUCGAGGCCGAAGACAACAAUCACCAGAUUCUCCCGAUAGUGCCGAUUCCGCCGACGAGUACCCGCCCAAUUUUGGUCGAAAUGAUCGGAGGAAUUGGCAACAACCUAUGCCACCCGCCCCUGGAUACGCCCCCCAGCCAGUCCUCUGGUCCAUCUUACCCUGCUUACCCUCCUCCUCCCCCAGGCCAUGGCCCGUAUGGCCAUCACAAUCCUCCCCCAAUUACAUCGGAACUCAUGAGAAUUCCUCACCCAGGUCAACCCAACCCCUACGCUGCCCCUCCGCCUUAUGGAUAUCCACCGCAAUUUCAACCGGGGUUUCUUCCCGAUCAACCCCACCUUCAUCCACGGCAUGCGCCUCGCCAGCCGCCCCAACUGCACAAUCCAAUGCAGCCAAUGCAGCCAAUGCAACCUCCAAUGCCGCACGCGAUGGGUCCUCACGGUGCCCACUCCCCUUACCCUGGAUAUCCCCACGAAUUGAUGGCCUACGGUCAGACCGGUUUCUAUCGAGACCAACCCAGCUACUUCGGGGCACCGAUGCCGGGCAUGAUGCCUCCUCAUUAUUGGCCACCCUAUCCCCCAGUGCCUUCUCCUCCACUCCGGCUCCGGCUCCAGCCCCAGCUCCAGCCCCUGAACCUGAACCUGCUCCCCCUCCACCGCCACCUCCCCCGCCGCCUCCACCAGUUGACACGGCCAAGGACGAGCAAAUCGCAAGGCUUGAGAAGUUGAUUCUGGACCGCGAGGCGAAGGAGCUUGCCAAGCAGCAGGCUAUUGAACGCGCGGCUGCCGAGAAAGCAGCUCAGGAUGCACAGACCGCGCAUGAUAGGAAGAUAACCCUGGAAGCUGCGGCGCUUGCUCGGGCGGAUGCGGAAAAGAAGGCGGCGGAGGAUGCCGCAAAGGCCAAGGAGGAGGCGGAGAAAGCUACGGCCGCGGCCGCUUCUGAGGCAGCAGCGGCAGCAACGGCUGCGGCUAAUGAAGCAGCUGCGAAGGCGGCUGCAGCGGCUGCCGAAGCAGCUGCUAAAGCUGCCGAACCGCCGCCACCACCGCCACCCCCAGAGAAGAAGCAGCCUAUCAAAUUCAAGGACGCUGUUGGGAGGAAAUUCAGUUUUCCAUUUGAACUAUGUGCUACUUGGCAGGGAAUGGAAGAGCUCAUCCGCCAGGCUUUCCUCCAUAUUGAAGUCAUUGGACCCCAUGUGGCCGAGGGCCAUUACGAUCUUAUUGGUCCGAAUGGCGACAUUAUCCUUCCGCAGGUUUGGGAAACUGUAAUCGAGCCUGACUGGGCGAUCACGAUGCACAUGUGGCCAAUUCCCGAAAAGCCAAAGGAAGACCCUCCGCCGCCCCCUGCGCCAGAGCCUGCUCCGGUAAAACCUCCCGACCCACCUGCCGAGCCAAAGAAGAAAGCAGACGGCCCUAAGAAAGCCAAGGCCGGAGGACCAGCUGUCCCCGGAAGUUUCGCGAUGUGGAUGUUAGGUGGUACCAAUCGCCGGGGAGGCAAAGGGGGUCCUAAAGUGGAAAAAAAGGCCGAUGCCCCUCCCCCAGCACCCGCACCAUGA